AUCACUGUGCAAGUCGUCGAAGAUGAUUGGUAUACACUUUUUUCUGCCACUGUUUCUACUCGCGAAAGGCGAAACUCCUGAAAAUGGAUCCUUUAGGAUAGAACUGCCAGAAGAUUGCGGUACGUCUAGGUACAGCCAGUUCCAAUCGAGGAUCAUUCAGGGAAACCAAGCUCGCCUUGGAGAAUUUCCGUGGAUGGCGAGAUUAGGAUUGGUUCACAAGAAACUCAAACGACCAAUGUUCUUUUGCGGCGGCUCGCUGAUUAGUAGAUACUACGUUAUUUCGGCAGCGCACUGUAACGGAAUUCCUAUACAUGUAGUGAGGCUAGGAGAAAACUACGUCGAGAAAGACAAAGAUUGUGACGAAAAGGGUUUGUGUGCCCCUCAUCCUCAGGAUAUUAUAGUAAGAAAAUUGAUGGAACCAAAUUACUGUUUCAGCGAUAUGACGAAUGAUUUUCUUCUAAUUGAAUUGAUGCAUCCUGUUCAGUUUAAUGAUUUUGUAAAACCGAUUUGCCUUCCAAGCGAAGAUCUGUCGUCUGACGAGAUGGAUGAGGAGCACGUGACUAUCUCAGGUUGGGGUUUGAUCAAAUCUUACCCUAGAACAGAGGCGAAAUAUUUGAUGUACAUUACAGCCCCUAUAGUGGCAAAAGAGAAGUGCGGUAGGUUAUUUGGUAGUAAUUUAUUGGACAGUCAGCUCUGUAUCGGGUACGACAAAGGAAAAGAUUCUUGCGGAGGGGAUUCAGGGGGGCCAGUAAUGAAGAUGAUAGAAAAGAAUGGACAGAAAAGGGCACAUCUACUGGGCCUCGUUUCUUAUGGUUUAGAAAAUUGUGGAUAUGGUCCAGCUGUAUACACUUUUGUUCCGUCGUUUUUAGAAUGGGCUGCGCCCAACAUGCGUAAAGGUUAAUAACUG